AUUUCAGCCGCUGCUCUGAGAAUUUAUUGUGAGCAGCCUCUAACAGGCUGUUACUUCGCUACAACUGACGAUAUGAUCAUCUUAAUUUACUUAUUUCUCUUGCUAUGGGAAGAGGCUCAAGGAUGGGGAUUCAAGGAUGGAAUUUUUCAUAACUCCAUAUGGCUUGAACGAGCAGCAGGUGUGUACCACAGAGAAGCACGGUCUGGCAAAUACAAGCUCACCUAUGCAGAAGCUAAGGCGGUGUGUGAAUUUGAAGGCGGCCAUCUCGCAACUUACAAGCAGCUAGAGGCAGCCAGAAAAAUUGGAUUUCACGUCUGUGCUGCUGGAUGGCUGGCUAAGGGCAGAGUUGGAUACCCCAUUGUGAAGCCAGGGCCCAAUUGUGGAUUUGGAAAAACUGGCAUUAUUGAUUAUGGAGUCCGUCUCAAUAGGAGUGAAAGAUGGGAUGCCUAUUGCUACAACCCACAUGCAAAGGAGUGUGGUGGUGUCUUUACAGAUCCAAAGCGAAUUUUUAAAUCUCCAGGCUUCCCAAAUGAGUACGAAGAUAACCAAAUCUGCUACUGGCACAUUAGACUCAAGUAUGGUCAGCAUAUUCACCUGAGUUUUUUAGAUUUUGACCUUGAAGAUGACCCAGGUUGCUUGGCUGAUUAUGUUGAAAUAUAUGACAGUUACGAUGAUGUCCAUGGCUUUGUGGGAAGAUACUGUGGAGAUGAGCUUCCAGAUGACAUCAUCAGUACAGGAAAUGUCAUGACUUUGAAGUUUCUAAGUGAUGCUUCAGUGACAGCUGGAGGUUUCCAAAUCAAAUAUGUUGCAGUGGAUCCUGUAUCCAAAUCGAGUCAAGGAAAAAACACAAGUACUACUUCUACUGGAAAUAAAAACUUUUUAGCUGGACGAUUUAGUCACUUAUAAAAAAAACAAAAAGGAUGAUCAAAACACACAGUGUUUAUGUUGGAAUAUUUUGGAACUCCUUUGAUCUCACUGUUACAUUAUUAUUAACAUUUAUUUAUUAUUUUUCUAAAUGUGAAAGCAAUACAUAAUUUAGGGAAAAUUGGAAAAUACAGGAAACUUUAAACGAAAAAAUGAAACC